AUGAGCUUCAGCAGGACAAGCUACAGCAGUGGCGGCAGCAGCAUGGGCGGCGGCAUGGGGGGCAGCACAACCAUUCGCAAGAGUUUCACCAGCCAGUCCUUGGCUGCCCCCGGAUCCACCCGGAUGAGCAGCGGGUCUGUCCGCCGUUCUGGCGCUGGGUUCGGUGGUGGCAUGGGCAUGGGCGGAGGCAGCAGCUUCAACUACAGCAGCAGCGCAGGUGGCUACGGUGGUGGUCUCGGCGCUGGCUAUGGCGGUGGUAUGGGCGGCGGAUUCCAUGGCGCCACCAUCACAGCUGUCACAAGCAACCAGAGCCUGCUGGCCCCCCUGAACCUGGCGAUUGACCCCAACAUCCAGGUGGUCCGCACCAAUGAGAAGGAGCAGAUCAAGACACUGAACAACCGCUUCGCUUCCUUCAUCGAUAAGGUCAGUUCCUUCCUGUUAACCUGUGUGUCUUCACCUCGCCUGCACUUCAAACGCUAAGCAUUCACAUCGAUAUCAACUGCACGCUACCUUACUGUGUAGUGCGCAAAAUAAGUGCCUGUACACUGUUCUUUUGACUUUAUAGUGCACUGAAAUUAUUCUUAAACAAAGUGAGUUUAAAGCCUGUGUUCAGAAUGCUAUCAUAGAGCUUCUCCCUUGUAGUGCUAUACCAUCUGCAGGCUUCCAUGUCAGACUGUUGUCAUGUAACCAAAUAGAUAUUUGACAUUGACUACCGGGACACGAUGAGAUACUUGAAGUUUGUAUUACCGUGCAAUGAUCACAAUCAAUAGAGUAAACCAGAAAGACGACAAAUACAAGUUAGCGUUUGCUCUCACCUCCCAUAUUAGCAUGCUAAUAUAACAGAAUAGCAUUUCUUGGCUGUAUAGAGUUGGCGAAAGCUGCUCUCCAAAUGCAGGCAUGUUUAUUUUUCUGCUGACAAAGCCCUUAUGUCACAUAUGUCACAACUCCCAUUGUGACCUCAGGAAUCUUACACUCUGGCAUAAGAAAGAAAAAGAUAGUAAGACAAGGGAGCUGUAAAUCUUAUCUCUACUGCUGAAUCCGUCAAUGAAUUACGACCUUUGGGAUUAGAAAAAGCGUAAAAACUGUGCAGAGGCUGUUUCUCAUUGUGCCCCUUUGUGUUUAGCUUUCACAAAAGUUGUAAAAGGACCACACCCAGGAGUAAAAAAUGAUACAAUAAAGAUAGCCUGAAGCCUUGUCAGGUCCUGUGACUGUAGCAGCCUCUUCGGCUGCUAUCUAAACAAGGGUGGGGACUGUCUCUCCCUCUAUGACUCACCCCAUCGCAUGCCUGCGGGGUGUGGUCGUGUGGACAGAGUGCCCACAUAGUCUGGAAUGAAUGAGUGGCCUUCAGAGUGAAACAGAGCGAAAGAGAUGACUCAUAGCUAUGAGAGAUAGGGAAAACACUCACAGUGAGGUAGGGUUAAACCAACAUACACAGACAGUGAGCCACUCCUUGUCAGGGAAAGUUUGGAUAUGCUUUGGCAUGCCAAUAAACACUGUCUCGCUGGCCUUGUUUUGUUUUGAGGGUGAACAAUGAGAGCUACACAUCUCAGGGCAGAUUAUCGAUGGGAUUAAGUUUCAUUUUACCUCCCAGGAUGUAGGCUUCUCAGACUCUGUGUUUACCCGUAGAUUAUCAUAUGUCAUCAUCACUUAUAUCGAGAAAGUCUUGGACAGGGUGUGGCUGUUCAAGCCCAAACCUGUGAUGCUAUCUACACAGCAAUGCAGGUACAUAUGUGGAUUUUACUGCAAUCUGCUAUACGGUUGACCUAGGAGAAGUUAUGUUUUUGCCAGACCCUUGGAGCGCCCUUCUUUCCACUUCUUUUUAAAACAUCUACAGAAGUCUACUCAGGAGAAAGACUGACAAUUCAAUCGUAAAGUAGAGUCUAUGAAGCCUUAUUCAUGGAUCCAUCCAUCAUCCAUCAUCAUUAAUUAAUGACCACAUUCAUCCAUUUAUUCACUCACUCACUCACUCACUCACUCACUCACUCACUCACUCACUCACUCACUCACUCACUCACUCACUCACUCACUCACUCACUCACUCACUCACUCACUCACUCACUCACUCACUCACUCACUCACUCACUCACUCACUCCCUUUUGUCCCUGCAGGUGCGUUUCCUGGAGCAGCAGAACAAGAUGCUGGAAACCAAGUGGAGCCUCCUGCAGGACCAGACCACCACCCGCUCCAACAUCGACGCCAUGUUCGAGGCCUACAUCUCCAACCUGCGCAGACAGCUGGACGGCCUGGGCAAUGAGAAGAUGAAGCUGGAUGGAGAGCUGAAGAACAUGCAGGGUCUGGUUGAGGACUUCAAGAACAAGUAAGUGUUGAUAUGUCGGAUGUGCAUGAAAAGUCGACAACUAGCUGUAUUAGUAUAAGCAAUAGCUUAUGUUUAACCUCAGUGUAAGAAGCAACCCAGACUGAUGACUUUGCAUUAAAUACUGCCCUUCGUUUUGUCAUCAGGUAUGAAGAUGAAAUCAACAAGCGCGCCUCAGUAGAGAACGAGUUUGUCCUGCUGAAGAAGGUGUGUAGGGUAUAACAUGUCUCGCCAUAACUCAUGUCACAGGUAUUACAUCAUCCAUGAACUCCUCUCUCUUCCUCUCCAGGAUGUUGAUGGUGCUUACAUGAACAAGGUGGAGCUGGAGGCCAAGGUUGACGCUCUUCAGGAUGAGAUCAACUUCCUAAGGGCCGUCUACGACGCGGUACGAACCAUUCAUAAACUUUUCAAAUUUACCAUACAGCACAUACUGUAGAUCUUCAAUAUCUGAAUCUUGGAGAGAGCUUCAACACUACAUCAUGAUAGCAUGAGUGUCAGUCAGUGAAUUAGAUGUGGGCUGAAAUCUAAAGGUUUCUUUUCAUCCUCUCUUGGUUCUUCAGGAGCUGCGUGAGCUGCAGGGCCAGAUCAAGGACACCUCUGUGGUGGUGGAGAUGGACAACAGCCGUAACCUGGACAUGGACUCCAUUGUCGCUGAAGUGCGCGCCCAGUACGAGGACAUCGCUAACCGCAGCAGAGCUGAGGCCGAGACCUGGUACAAGCAGAAGGUAAGCCAAGUCCAGGUUUCAAGAGCAAGAUCAAAAGACAUGAACAUAGUUUACCAGAACACGUUCAUGUAAAAUAAGCAACCUUCCUCAAUCUUUACCGCCCUCCUUUUCAUUCUCUUAUAUUUCCUCCUGUCUUUUCUCAGUAUGAAGAGAUGCAGAGCUCUGCUGGACAGUAUGGUGAGGACCUCCGCUCAACCAAGACUGAGAUCGCUGAGCUGAACCGCAUGAUCGCUCGUCUCCAGAACGAGAUUGAGUCCAUCAAGGGACAGGUGAGGGUGCCAUCUCAUUACAGAACCUCCUUUGAGAUGAUUGACCAUAAAUGCCUGAUGUCCAAGCAAGAUCGUUCAUAACACUAGCAUAUUACCAUUAGCCGCUAAACAUUGCUUAAACAGUGGAUAAAGGCUAAUGCUAAUGAGCGGUUUGCUUACAAUAAAUGAAUAAAUGUUCUCUUAACACAGCGGGCCAGCCUUGAGGCUCAGAUCGCUGAGGCAGAGGAGCGCGGUGAGCUGGCAGUGAAGGACGCCAAGCUCCGAAUCAGGGACUUGGAGGAUGCUCUCCAGAGAGCCAAGCAGGACAUGGCCCGCCAGGUGCGCGAGUACCAGGAGUUGAUGAACGUCAAGCUGGCCCUGGACAUUGAGAUCGCCACUUACAGGAAGCUGCUGGAGGGAGAGGAGAGCAGGUGAGUGAAAGUGGAAGCUGGAUAGUUGAGAUGUUAGCCUCUUAGCUUAGCAUGUUAGCAAUGCUACUUAGCAUAUUUUUCAACUUUCUAUCCAAACUUCUUUAACACUGCUCUUAUCUGUUCACAGAAUAUCCUCGGGUGGUGCAUCUGCAACAAUCCACGUGCAGCAGAGCUCUGGCGGCAGUAAGUACAAUUUUGAUUUCAUUUCUCAUUGUGUCACCAUGUAAGACAUAGGUCUGCUCUUCACACUUCAGCUUUAGAACCUUUUCCGUUAUUUUAAGUAAUACACACCGAGCUUGACAUGCAUCAAUGAAACCAGAAUGUCCUCUAGCUUUACAGCAGAUUAAACAGAUCCCACUCUCUCUCUGUACCCAGACUACUCCAGCGCAGGCUCAGGUGGAUUCGGCUAUGGCGGCGGCAGCAGCAGCUUCGGCGGCAGCAGCAGCUUCGGCGGCGGCAGCAGCUACGGCGGUGGCAGCAGCAGCUACGGCAGCGGUGGUGGUGCCACAAUCACCAAGUCCGUGACAUCCACCAGCUCCAGCAGACGUUUCUAG